ACACUAUCACCUUCAAAUCCGCACAGAUCUCUCUCUGCUUCGGAGCAGCUUCACACCUUCAAGCUCUCAUCACAUCACCCAUCGAUUCUUCCCAAUGCUCUUCUUCUAAAACCAUCUAGCAACAACUCUCGUUUCACCCAUGGGUUUGCUUUCAAACCCUACCCGUUUGGUUCUCGUCUUCACCAUCUUCUUCUUCUUCUUCGUUUCUUCCAUCUCCGCUCAGGAUUCGGUGGUUGAGAAUGAGAGACAAGAAUCAGGAGGAUCUGGUAAAGAGCUUGGUCGUCGUGGAAUGAUUGGUACUGAACGUGUUGGAGUUGAUCCUGGUGUUGACAAUAUUGCUGCUCUUGGUUUGAAUCUUGAUCUUGAAUCUACUGGCCCUGGUGUAUUUGAUGCUUUGCUUUCGAGUUUCUCCAUGAUUCUUGUUACCGAGAUUGGAGAUGAAACGUUUAUAAUAGCGGCGUUGAUGGCUAUGCGACAUCCUAAAGCUACUGUUUUGUCUGGUGCACUUUCGGCUUUGUUUGUUAUGACUAUACUAUCCACUGGACUUGGUAGAAUAGUGCCAAACUUGAUAUCAAGGAAGCACACCAACAGUGCUGCUACAGUUCUCUAUGCAUUUUUUGGUUUGCGACUACUCUACAUUGCUUGGAGAUCUACUGAUUCAAAGUCAAACCAGAAGAAGGAAAUGGAAGAAGUUGAAGAGAAGCUCGAGUCAGGCCAAGGAAAGACACCCUUCCGUCGCUUAUUCUCAAGAUUUUGUACCCCAAUAUUUUUAGAGUCUUUCAUCUUAACCUUUCUAGCUGAAUGGGGCGACCGUAGCCAGAUUGCCACAAUAGCUUUGGCGACUCACAAGAACGCCAUAGGAGUCGCCAUUGGCGCAACAAUUGGACACACGAUGUGUACUUCACUAGCGGUUGUUGGAGGAAGCAUGCUGGCUUCAAGGAUCUCGCAACGCACAGUUGCAACUGUUGGUGGCCUCCUCUUCCUAGGAUUUUCAGUGUCGUCCUAUUUUUAUCCUCCUCUGUAGUGAUUGUGCUUCUUUCGAAAAUGGGUGUUAGUGAGACAUUGUCUAAGUAAAGUAUCUGUCGUUUCAAUUAUUUUUGUUUGAUUUCAAUGGCAAAAGUAAAGAAUCCAACGUCAAUGCGUUUUCUUAUCUUGAAGUAUAACAAACGUAAUUAAUAAAUUUUUGUUUUAACUUAGAAA